CGGGGCGGGGCCGAGGGCGGGGCACGACGCGUGGCGCAGAUUGUGACGCAGGCACGCAGCAUGCUCGGUGCGCAAGCGCUUUCGGCGGCGAAUCGGCGGUUUCCGGUUCCGCCGCCCUCUUUCUCUUCAACGAGGCGGCUGAGCAGACGCAGAGAUGCAGAUCUUUGUGAAGACCCUGACGGGCAAGACCAUCACCCUUGAGGUUGAGCCCAGUGACACCAUUGAGAAUGUCAAAGCUAAAAUCCAAGACAAGGAGGGCAUCCCACCUGACCAGCAGCGUCUGAUUUUUGCGGGCAAACAGCUGGAGGAUGGCCGCACUCUGUCAGACUACAAUAUUCAGAAAGAGUCCACCCUGCACUUGGUGCUUCGUCUGCGAGGUGGCAUCAUUGAACCUUCCCUCCGCCAGCUUGCCCAGAAAUACAACUGCGACAAGAUGAUCUGCCGCAAGUGUUAUGCUCGCCUGCACCCCCGGGCUGUCAACUGCCGCAAGAAGAAGUGCGGCCACACCAACAACCUGCGCCCCAAGAAGAAGGUCAAAUAAGGCCCUCCACCGGCUCCUCCUUUGCCCGCAAGGCGGCCUCUUGCCCUAGCCCCAUGGCUCUGGGGCCUCAAUAAAGUUUCCCUUUCAUUGACUGGA